CAAUAACAAUUAUUUAUUUAUCUAUGAUUCUAUGAUUCCAGUCAGCAUGCUAUUUGCUAUUCCAGAUUAUUAGUAUUCUGUGUAUUCCAGUCCAGUGUAUACUUUGUUAUAUGUGAGUCUCCAUAAUGAAUGAGUAAAUACAUACGUAUUUACUCAAUUUACUGAUAAUAUUUGGACCACAUAUAGCUACACUGUUAUCUAGUUACCAUCUGUAUAUCACUUUUUAUGAUCGUAUUUUAAGUGAUCUGUAGGUAGAGCAAUCUAUCUAAUACUGUUGUGAAUAUUGUGAAAUUACUGUUCAGUGGGUCUAAUCUUCAAAACUUCCAUAAUGGCUUCCAAAACACCAAUUAGUAUAUUACAAGAGCUUAUGAUGUGUACAAAGCAUGCGUUGCCGGAUUAUACUUUCGAAAGUAUAGGAGAUCUCUUAAACCCUCAAUUCAGUUGUUCAGUAAAGGCAUCGACAAUCACUGCAAUUGCUGUGGGGAGAAACAAAAAAGAAGCUAAGCAAAAGGCUGCAUCAAAUGCUCUUCAACAGCUUCAAAAGUCUGACAAUGUAAAAUCCUCCCAACUUGGGGAACCUGAUGAAAUUAUUGCAGACUCAAAGUUUAUCGCUCUGAAGGAACUUCCUCAAGGAUAUUGUGAUGGGACAAAUUAUGUUGGAAUGUUAAACGAAUAUGCACCGACUAAUAGUUGUGUAGUAGCAGUCAAAUAUGAAAACUUACAAAAUAUGGUAAAUGGACAGUUCCAAGUAAAUUGCAUAUUUGAUAAAAAGAAAACUUUUGGUUUUGCGAGAGUUAAAAAGCAAGCUAAACAAAUAGCUGCUUUUGAAAUGCUUCAAUAUUUGAAAUCUUCGGACCUAUCUUCUGCUCGGUAUCUGAAAGAAUUUGAAGAUGCAGAUGAAAUUGAUGGAAAAGCAAUAACCGAAUUCCAGAAAUUGACCUCUUCAAAAUCUAUAACUAGAAAAAACACAAAUGUGGAACCAUUACCAGGAUUAAAGCAGCAAGAGCACCUCUCCCUUGAAGAAGCUAUUAAGAAGCUCAGUGAACUCAAUUUGAAUUAUCAUGUUGAAACGCUUCAGAAAAAUCCAAUUGCUGUUGUAGCGGUCGAGUUGAAAGAGAGUUUAAUUACUGGAAUGGGUAAGGGAGAGACUGAACACAUUGCUACCACUAAUGCAAUGAACCGUGUACUAAGUACACUCAGUCAAGGUUGUUCGUUCUUGAAUUAAAAGUCUCAUCCGAUAUGUUUAUUUUUGAAUCAAUUUAUCAUUUACAUAUGUUAAUUAUAUUUAAUUAUAUUUAUAAUAAAUGUUAAUGAAGUUUA